AUGAGAGUACAAAGAAUAGUGGAUCUUAGAAAGAAAUGGAUUAAUGAACUUGAUUCAAUUGAUGAAAAAAUAGAAAGCAAGAAGGACGAAAUAGAAAAUGAGGAGGAUGAGAUCAAAAACAUGAAGGAUGAAUUAGAAAGAAAGAAGGAUGAGAUAAAGGGGGAAGAUAAAAUAAAAUAUGAGGAGGAAGUAAGACACAAGGAAGAAAAACUAAGUAAGAACAAAGAGUUGCUUAGAAAGAACGAAAAACGAAAACAGGAGCUUCCUAUCUAUAUCAAUUCUGAUGGAUUUACUGCUUAUAAAGAGAUAUAUCCAACAAACUAUGCAGAACAAACUGAUAAAAUUGUUAAGAUUUUGAAAAAAGAGUAUAAUAUUAAUAUUCCUGAGGAUUGUCUUACACCUAAUGAUCAUAGGCUGGGACAAUGGCUUCAGGUCAUUAAGGGAACUUUUAGUGGUCAAAAGUAG